AAUUCAAACCUCGAGCUCAAAUGGAGAAGACCGAAGAAAUGAAGGAGAAGCAGGUGGCGCAAAUGCCCUCCCAGCGCAGGAUAGCGCCGAACCUCGAGGUGAAGCUCGCAGCCAUUGCCAUCAGCCUGAACGUGCGGCUGAGAUCCUCCGAUAUGCCGCCAGCCAUGCAGGAUCAUGCGCUGCGAUACUCCAGAUCACUCGUCGACGCCAUCCCGGACGCCACUCGUCCCAAUCCAAGCCACAUAGCUCGGGCCCUCAAAAAGGAGUUUGACUCGGUGUACGGCCCGGCGUGGCACUGUGUGGCGGGAACGAGUUUCGGGUCGUUUGUGACUCACUCGCCUGGUGGGUUCGUUUAUUUCUCGAUUGACUCGCUCUACAUUCUACUGUUCAAGACGGAGGUGAAGUUGGUGACAGAACCACGCGCAUGAGAGUGGCAGAUGGAUUCUACUCGCCCCUCACUACCACCACGUGGAAUGAGGAAUACGUAUAUUUGUAUUUCUAAAGGUAUAAUAAUAGAAGAUUAGUCACAAAUCUAUUUUUAGUAACUACUUUUACAUGCAAUUCUCUUCAAGCCUAAGCAUACUCUAUUAACAAUUCUUACUCACUAUUUAAUAAUUUAAUAAUUGAGAGAUUAACAUUUUACUUUA